UUGAGUUACAUGGAUACUCUCAUUUUUGUGUAUAUACUAUACAUAGGAUAAUCAUCUUUCUGAAAUUUUGCUGUAAAAAGGGUUUUUAUAAUUUGUUUUGAAGAGAUAAAGGACAGUCUCUUUAGGGUGUUGAACAAUCAGGUGUAAAAAUUAUUUUCUGUUCUUGUUUAAUAUAUUUUUUUAGUUUUUUUACUUUUAUUUUUCUGUUGGGAUCUUCCUGAAAUUCUCUAUGUUACUGAGAUUAUUUAAAAGGCUAGAUUAGUUAUUUUAUAUAAAAGGGUUUGUUCAUAUGUAUGUGAGUGUGAUAGGGAGCUAAAGGACAGAACAAAUGGUGGGGAUUGGGGUAUUGACUUUUUAGUAAUUAAAUGGAUGAUUAGUAUAUUUUAGCUGUUAAAAGUUUGUCGGGAUUUCUGCAAAGUGGUGACUUUUUCUUGUCCUCUUCUUUGUAUAUGGGCAAAGGGAAGAUUCCAAAGCUUGUCUACCGUUCGUUUUUUACUUGCUCAAACUUUCUUUUCCCGGAAAGUCUUUAAGAAAUUGUCCGUAAAAUGAGAAAAAUUAGUAAGGUGAAAUAUAUACUCGAAAAAUAAUUUGCAAGUGUUCUUUACACGGCUAAACCAAAGGUGACCAUGAAAGAAAAUCAGAAUACAACGUUGUAUCAUUCUAGUAGUUUCAGAAGGGAGAUGGAUUCCCUGGAGUUCACUGCUAAAGAUCUAUAUCAGUUAAAUGGCCAUGGAAGAGAGAGAGGCCCUUUAGAAUUUGAGGUUAAAACUGGAAAUGAACCUUGGGACAAUGAAUUUGUGGAUGCUUUUGCCAAGGAUAAUGAAUAUGGAAAUUUAAAUUUUCCAGGAAAGGAAGAUUGGGAUGAAAUUCCAAGUGACCGUGAGAGGGAUGCAGAUCCAUUGGAUUCUGAUACAGAGAACAAUGGCAAAUUGGGAAAAAUCCUGGAGUUUGAACUUACUGUGAUUGUAGAACGAUUUGCACAUGAUCAUGAUAAUGAUCCAAGAGAUUCUUAUAUGCCAUGCAUUGCUGCUUCAGAUUUGUUUGAGUCUGGUACAAAUUUAUGUACUGAUAAAGAUACUACAGAUCGUGAACUGCCUGAGCUGGAAGUAUUCUACAAAGAGGUUAAUUAUAACAUUGUCAAAGAUAUAUGCGUUGAUGAUGGGAUGCCCAAGGAGGACAAAGUUUUGAGCAAAAGCAUUAAGGAUCAUUGUAAAACAGCAAAAGAAGGCAUUGAUAUGGAAAUGCUCAUUCUGGACGGUUUAAAAUCUUUUUCUUUGGAGAAUAACGAAGAUGAUGCCAAUAAUCAUUGUGGGACCAAAAAUAGCUAUGAAAAAUCACAUUUGCCAAUUGGGCCAAUAGCUGCCUCAGAAAUUUCUUUGGACAAGGAUUCUGUUGGGGAAUGUGAUGUAGAGGACUCGAUGCACUUUUCUGAACCAAAUGAUGGUGCAUAUGCUAAGAUUGAGAGAGAUGUUCCAGAGGCGGAAUCUUUUGUAGAUAGCAAACUUCCAGUGCUGAAUUUUGGUACUUGUAGUUCCCUUAGAUCUUUUCUCAACUCAUUAAGUAGCGAUGGAAAUGAAAUUGCUCAAUCACCCAAUCAGAUUCCAUCUGAAGAUGCAAUUUCAAGUAGCCACGCUGCACUGUUGACGAAUACAGAAUUAAAUAAGAAUAGUGUCCAAGCUGCCAACUUAUUAUGCAACAGUAAAGUUGACUGCGGAGAUAUUACUUUUAACUUCAACUCACCCAAACCCGUGGCAGCUGGCAGUACGGAUGGAUGUGCUGAAAAUGUCGAUGCACAAUCUGUCAAGUCAGAGGAUGAAUGUCAUCUUGAGUUUAUAAAUUCCGUCAAACAUUUGGAAGCUAGCGCGGCAAAGUGCACCGGAAACAAGUUCGAUAGCAAUGGAAAUGUUCAUGAACAUUCCAUCGACCUCCAAGACACGAACUCUACUUCUCCGGAUGGCCAAGUCCAGUCUGCUAGCAUCAAGGACAAAAAUGCUCAAAAUGUUCAUGACGAAGCCAUUCAGACACAUGAUGUUUUUAAGGAUGAGGUCGUGGAAUGUGGCAGCUUUCCGGUUGUAAACCAAGUCCGAUGUGAUGAGGGAGAGUCAAGCUUCUCCGAUGCAGGUCUUAUCACUUUCUCAGGGCCAAUAUCUUAUUCUGGGAGCCUUUCUCUUCGAUCUGAUACCGGUGCCGCUAGCGCUCGAUCCUUUGCCUUCCCAGUAUUACAAUCUGAAUGGAAUAUCAGUCCAGUAAGAAUGGAAAAAGCUGAUAGGAGACAUUUUCGAAGACGCAGGAGUUGGAGAUCGGGUCUUCUUUGCUGUAAAUUCUGAAUGCUUCCAUUCAUUUAUAGGUUCAACAUCCCAAUUUAGUCAUUGAGGGCUGCCUGCAAGUAUAUAUGUAGGGAUAUUUCUUAGGCUUGGUUGGCAUUGUGUGUUGUGUUCAUAGGGUCGUGCUUUGAUUUUAUUAUAAAGCAAUGUCUAUAUUUUUUGUUAUAUUUUUGACUUACGGAUAUUUAUCGUGGAAAUAGUGCAUCAGUGUUAACUUUGACUAGCUAAUAUAUAAUUAUUCGGUUUUUU